AUGCCAUGCGAGGACGGCGUUGGGCUUCAUAUUCCCAUGGAGCGUGCGGAGGUCCUUUGCGCCGUUGGCACCGGUCUUGUGCGGCCGUGGGAGAGGCGAAUUGUUUGCUACGCACUGAAGCACGUCUCUGCUGCCGCAGAAGCUGCCUUACCGUCCACCGAAUCACAUGAGAGCGCCGACGGAAGCGGCAGCGACGAGAACACGGAGGGAAGGAACGCCUCCAUGGAGGAAAUUUCCGCUGUGGGUCCCAACAAACAGGAAGAGCAAAAAAGGCAGCGGCGAGAGGAAACAGGGGGCGGUGAAGGUGUGGGCAACCACCUUUGGUCCAUGUUCUUUGGGGCAUCGAAGAACACAUCGGCAGAUGCGACGAAUGAAGAAGACUGCAAUGCAGACUUUUCUCAUUAUUCAGGACCGCAGUUUUAUCUCCUCAUGGAGAUGGUGCGGGACGCCAUGAUAGUGGCGAAAGAGACAAGCCAAUCGCCUGCAUCUGUUGCAACUUCCACAUGUAAUUUUUCGCGACGGAUGAGCUGGAAUUUUGAUCUUUUGACGGUUUUAUUAAAUUUGCUGAUAUUUCACGGCAAUGUGCCGGCUGUGGGCCGAUUUCUGAGUGUAAUUCUUAGCAGUUACGUCAUGGCUCUCUUAUUUCAUCGGUGUUGUCAUGACCGUGACGGCGGCGGCAUCGUACGAGUGCAGCUGUCCGAGAAGAAGACGGGCAAAGAGGAGGAAGACGACAAUGGACUGUCAGACAUGCGUCUUGUUCAGAGCGAUGCUUUCAUCUCUCUUAUUUCACGUCUUGCACAGAUAUAUUUCCCACUAUGGCAUAAACUGAGGGGAGAAGGGGCUGAUUUGGCGAGGCGGACGGAAAAGAAACUACCGGCCCCGUUGCUUCACACUCGCUGUGUGCCGAUUCCAUCAUCCCGCCAAAAUUCCCUCACGAUGUGGAGGAAAAUGAACAGCAACUGUGUGUGUGGCAAUCUACCAGAUACUAGUUUGCAGGGACUUCAGUCAAGGAUUAUUGAAUUGGUCUUUAAUCAAAUGAACACCUGCAAUGUGGGGGUGGGGCUGCUGCCAUGUAACAAUGAAAAGCAAGGAGACCAAAUGAAUGAGACCACCAAAAAGAAGAACGUGGAAAAGGAGGCGAAGAAGAAGGAAGAGAGUAAGACGGGGAAAGAAGAGAAACAUGUCGAUGGAGAAGAGAAGGAGAAGGACGUAACAUUAAAAUGGGAACACGUGCAGGAGAUUGUUGUAUGCAUUGCCCUGGCCGAACUGGGCCGACUUGUAUUGUUAUCGGAUGACUUUUAUGCACCUGGGAAUGGCCGUCAUGGAAACCACAGCCACCACGGAGGACAGGGGAUGAAGAGGGAGGAGGAGGAUGCGUUGAGAAACAACACACCCGGCUUGAAGUAUUUGGAAUGUGUACGUCGCUGUGGGAGCUCCGGCACCGUUGAACAGAUGCGUGACAUGGCCACCAUUCUUCGUGCAGUUGAGGAUGAAUGGCGACAGCAGCUUCCAACAGAUGUCUCUGAUUCUACGGGAGAAGAGUUGAUGCGGAAGCGAGGCUCACAUCCUCUUAUCACGAGCAACCACCGCUGGCUGGUAAAUGCCAUGUGUAUUGUUUUGAAAUUUGUUUCUCAGACAUCGGGGAGCCUCUGCCUUACACCUUUAUGUCAGUCAGAUCAGCAGAGAGAGUGCCAACGCCCCGUGCCGUACCAAGAGAAGGAUUUCUACUACAUGAACCUCCUCUUGACAUGUUGCUGCGUUGCAGGCGAACAAAUUCCAAAGAAAAUUUCACAUUUUGCUCUGUGCCUCACGGAGUUUACCCUCUCCAAUGUUCUUAUGGGUAGAAGAGGCGGUGAGGAUGCACCUCUGCUUCAAAGAGAUACGAAUGACCGUUUUGCGGACGAGAGGGGGAAUGCCGGCGGGCAGGGUGAUGGAAUGGAUUCUGGUGCGGAGCGGAAGGGCUUGGCUGGUGACCGUGAGUCAAAUGAGGAGGCAAAACGGCAAUACAUUGCGGCGAGUGCACUUUGCACGACAACAUUGAGUUUUCUUCGGUGUUGUUACAAAUACGGGAGUGUGACGCUGAAGAAUGAGCACAUCCGUUGGCUGUCAGCGUUGUUGCGGCAACAGGUUAUGCUCUGGGAACGAUGGUUGCGUCGUGCUGUGUUACUCAAGUCCUUGGUUCGCAAGAGUGCAAAGAGCUCAUUGCGACAUGCACCACAUACAGUUCAGAGCGACACCGGCAGGGUGUUGGACCAACAAGGGCCACACGAGGAGUCGUGUAGUUUUGUUUGGUGGCAUACGCGGAUUCUUUUGGAUUAUCUUUGCGUCUUCCGUGAUAUGUUUUCUUUGGGGGUCGCAUGUCAAUUUGUGAAUGACACGGCACCCUUUUGUACCUCGAUGCAGGAACUCGGUAGGGUGCUGCAGAUGACCUGCUGGAUUGAAUUGGACGGUCUUAAGGCUACGCCGUCUGGUACGUAUGCCGUUGCAUUUGGGGUUGUUCCAUUCCCUGUUCUUGCGGCCACGGAGCGACGUUUCUUUAUUGGCGCGAUGCUCGUUUAUGCCAUGAGCGCCACAGCGGAUACUCUCUUGGCAUUCCAAAUGUGUAUGGAGAAUAACCAGGCGUAUUUUGGUGACAUAGGUGACUGUGGGGGUAAUACCGAAAAGGAUGAUACCAAAACCGUUUCUUUAACGGGCACCACGGAAUCGUCUGGAGGAAAUGUCGCCUGCGUCACAGAAGAUUCAUUGAUCGCGAGACGGUUAUGGGUGAAUGAUUUUUUUCUGAGUGUUUUACUGCCGUCGUUUGGCCGCGUGAUGCAGGGCAUUGCCUUCUGUGUUCCCGAUGAGUCCAUGCUGCCGGCCAUACUUCGCUUGGGCCGCUCUGUGGAGUUUCAAUACGUUUCACAUAUCGAAGGGGCGAAGGAUCAUGAGGCAUGGGAGCGGCGGAGUGGUAAAACUCACGUGUUGCCCACAGAUGCCGCGACCACGCCUCAGACGACCGGUCAAGAGAAGAAGUUUUUUUUCCAGCGGAUGACUCCUUCCUCCUUCUCUUCCCCCUCCUCCAUCUGGACAUCCACGCCAUUCUCGGAGACUCUUCGGGUUGCCAUGGGAGUCAUGGCAUUGGCAAGCAACUCCCAGCAGGCGUUAUUAUCCCACAUCUCCCGUGUGUUUGCCCCUAUGAUCACUCGCGAGGACGUGAUGGCGCGAUGGAUGUUGGAUAAGUUUAGGAAUCUACCACACCCUCAGCAGGGGGAUGCCUUUUCCCGCUGCCAGAUUUUGUUGCAUGUUGUGGAGAAUUUUGUGCUGCACGUCCCAUGGGCUGGUUGGGCAUCACAGUCGUUGGAAGUUAUCUGCAAUGUGGAAGAUGCGUCUUUGUCUUUGGCGGGAGGGGAGGGGACACACGUCGAGUCGGAGGUCUCUUCUCUUUCCAUUUCUUCCAAAAAGGAGAGGAUUGCGCACAGUGGGUAUAACGCUCUUCGUGUAGGGAAAGAUGUACAGGCGUCAUCGAAAACAUCUUCUGCAUGUAUUGGAGCCCCAAGAAGUAGUCAUUUGUUCUCAUCUCCUGUUCCUCCACCUUUAUUUGAAGCAACGUACAUUACAGUUAUUUCCUGUGUGCUGCUGCGCUUGUCAUCCAUUGACUUUGAUGGGCCACGGGGACUGGAGCUUCGGAAUGAGGUGGAACCAAAUCGGGUCCGCGCUGUGUUGUUUGGUUUGAUCGAGAAUUUUUUCCGUGGCAUUGAUGACGCGGUGUUUCGGCGGUCGUCCAUGCGUGAAGAACUCCGAAUACGACACCGACAACAACAACAACAACAGCAAAAGGCGCAGAAUGAAGGAAGCGGGAGCAGAGUAGCUUCAUCGUUUUCAUACAUAUGGGAUGGACUGAUGAAUUCCCUGUCGAUAUGGACACCACGAGAGAGCGAUACGGUACGUGCUAGGAGAGCAGAGUGGGCGGCGAUUGAUGCAUAUGUGGAUAGCCAUCAUUCUCUUAUUUGCAGCAACGUUGUGUACAUUGCCACCGCACUCUAUGCGAUAGAGCGGGAGUCGUCCUCUCGUCUUCCUUCUGCUGUCGUGGCAGGCGUCCAGUCUACGCCUUAUACCUGUCUGCAGCGCCUUGCCCAGCAUUCAUUGGAGUCUCUCUUGUCAGACGCCGACGUGCCCGCCACGUGGCGUUUUUUGCCCCUGUCGACUUUCUGCACGAAUGACGUGUCAUUACGUCCUGCCACAGCGGGGAUGUUGGAUAGGAUUGUGGAUGUCCCUGUAAAUUCCCUCUUGCCAUUGCGAUGGCUGGUCUCAUCCAUGCCGACAGAUGUGCCACGAGAUUCAGGGAAGAGUCGGUGGGAGGGCCCGCCGGUAGAAGGAUUGCUGCUUCAACAGGCUUGUGCACUUGUACGUGUCAUGACAAUUAUUGCCGCCUUGACACAAAAUACAACAAACGAGCGAGGCGCGGAGGCAUCAAUAAACACGACGUCUAAGGAAUUUUCUACUGCAGCCGCACCGAUAUUUGUGUUACAUCCUGCGGCACUUUCUUUUUUACAGUGGCGUAAACUAUGUUUUGCCUUACAUGCCAUGCGUCACGCGGAGGAACACAAUAUUGCCCCCAUGCCAAACGUCAAAGGUUGCCCAUUUCAGCACCUGCAAGGCUGCACCGAGGAUGCGCAAGAGGUGACACCUUGUGUGCAUCACCCACAGCCACAGGGGCAGGAGCUGAGUGAAGAAAAGAAACAUCUCUGCUUUGCGUGCUGUACGAGCGUGGAGUGUGAACGGCGGUAUCUUAAGCCUUACAUUGAAGCAGGCCUUUCGUUUAUGAAUCGUUCGCGAAUGGAUAUUUUGAUUUGCCGUGCCACAACAGCCGAAGAGCGUCGUGGACUAUUUAUGGUCUUGUUAAUGCUUCGACGAGCCUUUAAGGGGUUCUUUGUAUCCUCUGAUUUCUCCAUGGACGAAGACGAGAGCAAAUGGAGAGGUGUGAGUAAAGGACAUUGUAGUGAGCCAUACGAGGAGCGUUAUGAACACAAACGGUUUCCUAUUUUGCUACGAAAGCAAUCAAGACGUGAAGCGGAGCGGGUUUUGCUGCUGAUUAUUGCUGCCUUUGCUUUUGGCAUCCGGCCUCUGCGGUGCGCAGAGGAGUUAUUGUACUGA